AUGGAUAGCUCAAAGGCCCCCGUCAAGCUCGUCAAGGUCAUUCGCGUCCUCGGCAGAACCGGCUCGCGUGGUGGUGUCACCCAAGUCCGGGUCGAGUUCAUGGACGACACAACUCGUACCAUCAUUCGUAACGUCAAAGGCCCAGUCCGCGAGAACGAUAUCCUCUGCCUACUCGAGUCUGAGCGUGAGGCCCGCCGUCUCAGGUAA